AUCUGGGGGAGUACCUUGGCUCAGCAAAUGACCUGUCUUGCAAAAGUCUGCCGUACAUCCUGUACAACAUACCACGCCCACUCAGCUGUUUCCGCAACUUUCCAUAAGUAAAAGGUUUUUCUCUGGCGAGGUACUCUAAUGUAUCUACUUAGCACACCGAAACGUUUCUAGACGGUAUUGGUUUUCCUCGGGCUAAACCUCCGUAACUGUCAGCCAUGGCUCUAUCAGACCAGAGCCGACAGUGUUAUCCAACCAUUGUACAGGUAACUGUGGUUCAGUCAAGAAGCCUGAGGAUAAAGGGGAAAAAUGGCACCAACGACGCAUACGCCAUCAUGCAGGUGGCCAAGGAUAAAUUCGCUACAUCGGUGGCAGAGAAGAGCGUGGCACCGGUGUGGAAAGAAGAGGCCACGUUCGAGCUGCCGCUCUUCCACAACGGUAACACAGAAAAGUGUACGUUGCACGUCCACGUAAUGCACCGGGCUCUCGUGGGACCUGACAAGUUGCUCGGCCAAGCAGUCAUCAACCUGUUGGAGCUCAGCGAGGUUAAAUCCCGUAAUAAGACUGAAUGGCAUAAACUGCUGGACAAGGCAGGCAAGCCAGACAAAGACCGGGGAGAGGUGCAGGUGGACAUCCAGUUUAUGAAGAAUAACAUGACAGCCAGCAUGUUUGACCUCUCUGCUACAGAAAAGCCGCACUCCCGCCUGGGAAGGUUCAAGGACAAGGUGCGAGGCAAAAAGGAGGGUCUGUCGGACACUGCGUCUGCCGUGGUACCGUCCUUCACCCAGGUUCUGACGGACAGCGAGGGGGAGGGAGAGGGGGGUACAGACAAAGGAGAGAAAAAGAAGAAAAACAAGCUGAAGUCUCUGUUUUCUCCCAAGUCUAACCUGCAGCGUCACGGACUUUCUCAGUCUAUGUCUGUCCUGGGCCCUCUGCCUGAGAAGAACUCCUCAUUGAGUGGCAGCCGCUCCACAGGCCUCAAUGUGGACUCCUCUGAAGGUAAAAAUAAAUUCAAGUUUCAGACCCAUAAGCGCUCAAGCAGUUCUCUGUCCCUAGGACGCUCUAAGAUUCCUGCCCCGCUUGCAGAGCAGAGUAACCUGUGCAUCAACGGCCCUCACAUGUACACAGAGGAGCCCCAGCCCCGGAAAACCCGCACCGGCUCCAACUUUAGCCUGGCCAGCUCAGGCCAUGGCUCCAUGGAAGACCUGCGCAAGGCCCAGGGUCGUAAGAGCUCCGGCACCUCCAUGGACUCCUUCAGGGCCUUGAAGCAGCCUUCGACCUGGGCAGAGGAAGAAGAGAGGGCUAUGUUGGAUGAGGAGAGGAAGAAAAAGGAAGAGCAGGAGAGGAAGAAGUUAGACGAGGAAGAGAGGAUAAGGAAGGAGGAACAAGAGAAAAGCAGGAUUACGGAGGAGGAGGGGGAAGAAAUGAGGCUAGAAGAGGAACAGGAGGAGAGGAAAAAAAUUAAGAGAGAGGAAAACAGAGUGAAGGAGGAGGAGGAAGAAAGGAGGAGGUUUGAGGAGGAGGAAGAAGGAAGAAUGAAGAGAGAGGCUGAAGAAGGAAGAAUGAAGAGAGAGGAUGAUAGGCUGAAGGAGGAGGAAGAAGAAAAGAGGAGGAUUGAGGCGGAAGAAGAAAGAAUGAAGAGAGAGGAGGACAGAGUGAGGAAGGAGGAGGAGGAGGAAGAAAGGAGGAGGUUUGAGGAGGAGGAGGAAGAAGAGAGAAUGAAGAGAGAGGAGGACAGAGUAAGGAAGGAGGAGGAGGAGGAAGAAAGGAGGCGGAGGUUUGAGGAGGAAGAAGGAAGAAUGAAGAGAGAGGAGGACAGAGUGAGGAGGGAGGAGGAGGAGGAAGAAAGGAGGAGGAGGAUUGAGGAGGAAGAAGGAAGAAUGAAGAGAGAGGCUGAAGAAGAAAGAAUGAAGAGAGAGGAGGAUAGGCUGAGGAAGGAGGAGGAGGAAGAAAGGAGGAGGAGGAUUGAGGAGGAAGAAAGAGUGAGGAAGACCGCAGAGGAAGAUUGGCUGAGAGAGGAAAUGGGGAUAAAGAGGAUGGAGGAGGACAAAAUAAUUAAGAGAGAAGAGGAGGAUAGGCUGAGAAAGGAGGAAGAGCUGAGGAAGAUUAGGGAAAAGGAAGAAAGGCUAAGGAGGGAGGAGGAGGAUGAUAUGCGUAGAAAUGAAGAAGAGCAGAGGAAGAUGGAGGAAAGGAGAAUAGAGCAGGAGAUGUUGAGAAAGGAAGAAGCAGAAAGAACGAGGCUUGAAGAGGAAAGGGAAGAGGAUAGAAGAAGAGAUGAGGAGCAGGGAAAACUGAUGGAGUCGAAAAAGAGGUUUAGGGUGGAUGUAGAAAAUAUGAAAAAAGAGGAUUUGAGAGGACAGGAAGAAGAGAUGACAGAGAAGGAGAAAAAGAGGAAUGCACAGAUGGAGAAAAAGCGAAGGCAUGAGGAGGUGAGAGUAAAGUUGGACAAAGUUGAACAACCGAUGAAGCAGAAUAGAGAGGCAGAGUCCAUCGUGUGCAAUAAUCCUUUUGAGGAAGUCUCUCCUACCACUUCAUGUGAUGACAACUCUUCAAAUAUCCUGUUUGUGGAGACCCCCACAACCUCUCCUACUGGUCCCAUCAGCUGCCGAACAAAUAAAGUAUCAGCAGUCAAGCAGAGACCCUCUUCAUGUGUGAACCCUUCUCAGCCUAGUGUGUCUUCCAAUCCCUUCUUAUCGUUCUUGUCUCCUGAAAUUGAGAUUUCUAUGGACUCCCCUAGAGGCGAUGGGGAAACCAGAGGCACCCAGGACCCGUCUACUGAACUAAUGGAGAAGAAAGACCCUGCCCCUCUGCCCCUCAACCAGCGCUGGGCUCGUAUGGACAACUGGCCUAGCAAGGGCAACGCUCAAUCUGUCACCGUGAAUCUCGCCCGAACAAAGCCAACAAAACAGCCACCUCCUCCAAUACGCCAAUCUUCCAUGUCACUGGUGGGAUGCGGGGAUAACCAGGAGAGUGUUAGUGGUCAGGACCAUUCCAGUAUCAGGAUGGACAAGGGUCCUGCUCCAGAUAGACCAAGCCAGGCUCCAAGCCAGACACAGAGGGACCAGAGUAUGACUAGAGUGAACCUGGGACAUAAGGACAUAGGUGCCUCCAUGUCCAAGGUCUCUCAACGUGUAGUACAGAUUAUCACACCACUGAGAUUUUCCUCCACAGCUACAACAGAACACACAAGUGGAGGGCAGAGCUCUACCCACCAUGGGAACCAACCAGAACAAGAAAUGCCAUCUGCCACUGGGGGGUUGAGGGUGGCUAAACACAAUAAAGGUCCAGCACCUUCUAGGCCCCAGUACCCUCCAGGGAAGACAAUGCCAAAAGUUGAUGUAAUAGAUAAGCAAUUGAAUACUGAGGAACAUGACUCUUUGGUUGAGUUUGAUCCAAAUAAUCCCUUUGCAGAAGACUGCAGAAUGGAGAAGUCCUCUGGACAUGGUGAAGAACAGAGACUAACUGGUGAAUAUCAGGAGAGCCUAGACUCUCCCAAUCAUCAGAGUUGUACCUCUAUAGAAGCAAAUCCAGGUUCAAUGCAGAAUAGUGUGGUUAGGGACUCAAUGGAGCUUCCAACGCCAGAUGUUCUGCUAGCUGAGGAUGGCUUCCGUCCCAUCAAAAACUCAUUAGCAGAGCUGGUCUGUGUUCCCUUGCUUCCAUUGAAGAAAACAUCCAUCUCUAGAGAGGAGGAUACUGGUAAACAGAGUUCUGUAAAACUACAAACCCCAGGGGCUUCCUCUUUGAGUAAGCUUUCCUCAAGUAUCUCAGAAAAACUGCAGAAUCGAGGUGUGGGUAUGGCACUAACUUGUGUUACCAUUGCCCAGCCCCCAUGUGUACCCUCACCUGCCCCCGCCAUCCUACCCCAACCCAAGCCCCUGAAGGGAUCAGGGGGCAGGAGUAACUGUCCUCCCCAGACAAGCUCUCUCCCUGGUCAGAGGACCCUGCUUCAGGCUAGAGCUAUGUCCUCCGUUGCAGAGCAUUGCAGUGGAGAGGAGGCGGGAGGGAGAGGGGACAGGCCUACCUCAAGCACACGCAGGCCCCAUCCAGUAAAGCCCUUGAGCUCCCUGGAAAACCAGCCAGCCUCCAACAUCCAGGAGAGGCAGGCUGGCAUAUCUACAGGAAUCCUCGGUGUCCAUCAAGAGAAGAUAAAGGUCAAAGACACAGGGGUCAAAGGUCAGUACUCCCAGCUGACCCAGGAGGAGCUGAUCUCCCUGGUGGUGAAGCAGCAGGACCAGCUCUCCAAGAGGGACAACAAGAUCAAGGAGCUGGAGCAGUACAUUGACAACCUGCUGGUGCGCAUCAUUGAGGAGCAACCCAGUAUCCUGAUGUCCAUGAACUCACUCAAAUGAGACGUCUAGAAAUAUAUAUUUCUCCAUCCUGUUCCUAAUCAUUCAGAGCAAGGCUUCCUAGAUGUUUAUCUCCCUCAAUGCCUAUGUGUUAGGCUGUUUGAAGAAUUCCUGCUUGCCUCCCAAGGAACGUUUCAUUCGCCUAUGUAUAACAUACCAAGCACUGGCUUUGUCUAUUCCUACUGAACAGAUGCACUUUUGAUUGUUCAUUACAUUUUGAAUGUUGUCUAAACUCUGAAUAAUCGUAUCUUAACAACUACAAGGGUGGUAGUGUGCAAGGCUCUAUGGGGUGUGUGUAUUAAAACCGUAUAAGAACAUGAACCAAAUACACACAGGCCUGUUGGGAGGUGCUGUACAUUUUGGGCAGUUGAUUUGUCUUUCUAUUAACGUUUUGAUGUGCUUGUAAGGAGGAGUGUGAUAUGAAGGCAACAACACUGAAGAAGGAAUUGAAUAGUAAAAAAUCAAUAAAAAAAGAAAGCAACAGAACAGUGACGCAUUGAGUUUGUAUAUUCCGUAACACUAUGCAGACAGACCGGUAUAAUAGGGCUCAUACCGGUACAUGCUUAUGACAAGUAUUAUCAUUAAUUACAAUCACAUUAUAAUGAGCUAUAUCUGUCGGUAAAGGGUUACUUCAUAUUAUUGGUUGUGGAUAUUAUUCCCUGUUACUGAAUAACUUAUUGUACAUAUUGAGAUGUCCUUUUCUUAUAUUGUAAACUUUAUGUUAAAGCACUUUGAAGAAUAAAUAAUAGAAAAAAUUGUAGUCUAAAGAAACAUGGAUUAAUAAUUAAAACAAUUUAGACUACCGAUAAAUCAAUUUAGACUACAGACAAACCAGGUUUAGACGACCACUAUGCCUUUGGAUGAAUGCACUCUCAAUUCAUUGCAAUCACCCUGACAGGUGCAACUCCACAAGCAAAUUGCAAGGGUGUAACAUAUGGACAUUUUCUAAAGGGGCAUUUCCUUGUGAAGAAAGCUAUUGUUUUUAUAGGUAGAUAGCAAGAUGUCUGCCUUUGGUCAUAAGAAGGAUUACUGUAUAGUUGGGUGAAAGUCAGAAAGUGUCUUCUGUCAACUUAUUGCCUAUAAUU